CCCGCGAACGCCGCGCGUCCUAUCGCGACGUGAUAAAUGACCUAACAACUGUCAAACCAAGUCAUAGACAAGAUUCGUUCUUUUUAAGUGUUUUCCUAUGUACCGUUGCGUUUCUUUGAGGUUUCUUUUACUCCGUUAGUGCUGUGUUGUGCGAUUAGAUUGGUGUACACGUAAUGUAUUUAGAUUUACAGUAAAAGGUACCGCGUAAGCAGAUUUAAAUGAUCGCAAUCUCAUGGUAGUUGGUAUACGUCGAAAAGAAUCGAUAACAAUCAGACAAUGUGCUAGUGUAACCAAGUGACCGAUAAGUGAGCAAAGUGAAGUGAAAGUGAAGUGUAUUCUAAUUAUGACGUGACCAAACAGUAACAGCCAUGUACCGGCCUAAUUUCUACGAGAGCACGUGCUUUAGGUGCAACGAGAUUGUUUACCAAGUGGACCGGGUCGGUCCACUCAAGGACUUCACUUUUUUCCACAGUGGAUGCUUUAAGUGUGCUGUGUGCGGAACCAAGUUGACUCUAAAGACAUACUACAAUAACCAGCACUGGACGGAGGACAAAGAAGUGUACUGCUCGAGUCAUGUGCCCAAAAUAGGGCCCGGGCACUUGGACAACUCGUCGGUGGGCAUCCGGAGCGCUCUAAACGUGCCCAAAAGUAACAACUAUGUGAACGAACAGAUUCGAGGACACGCCAGGAACAGCUAUGAGACUGAGCUGUCGCCAACUCGCGCGACUAAUGGCGGCAGCGUGCACGCGUCGCCGGCGCGAGAGAUAUCGCGCGACACACCUGACUACCAAUACGGUCGCUUCGACGCGAGCGCUCUGCACAUCGCACACGCGCUUAAACAGACGGAGCUGCAGAAAGCGUACCACAGGCCCAAAGAAAAGCCCAUUGACUGCUAUUUGGACCGAGAUGAACAGACCAAGCUAGAAAUGAAACACCGGCAAGAAGAAGAUGAUUUGUACAGGAAAUUCUCCAAACAUCGAGAAGAAGAAAACAGAAGAAUACGAGAAGAAAUACAGGAUGAAUGGGAAAGAGAACUAGAAAGGCUGACAAACAGAUUCCAACAAGAAAUGCAGGUGAAAAAACGGAGGCCGGAGUCAGAAUUAGGGGCGUUAACUCUCCGACACCAACAGGAGAGACUAGAUCUAGAGAAGAACAUGACUCUACGGAGAGACAAGAAAAAAGAGAGUUUAACAAGGAAAAUGUUGGAACACGAAAGGGCGGCCACAGCAGCGCUAGUAGAGAAGCAAAGCCACGAAAUGAUGGAGUUGAUCACAGAAAGAAGGUCAGAGUACAUGGCGGCUUCAUCGCUGUACCUCGACGGGGAGGAAGCACCACCCUACCCCGCAAGGGCGCCUCCACCUCAACCUCCCCUGGUCUCCAAAUUCCACAUCUAUACAGAUCCGGCUGAAUUUGCAGAUGUUGACAAAAUCGCCAUCUCGGUGGCGCAAGAAGACCAAAAGACCUUUACGGAUCUGGUCCGGCAGUUAGUGGGUAGAUGUGCGAGCGACGUGGAGAAGGCCCGCACGAUAUUCCGCUGGAUCACUGUGAAGAAUCUCAACAACAUACACUUUGAUGAUAACCUCAAGGGAGACUCGCCGUUGGGAUUGCUCAGAGGCAUCAAACACGGCACCGAAAGUUACCACGUUCUGUUUAAAAGAUUGUGCAGCUACGCGGGCCUCCACUGCGUUGUGAUAAAAGGCUAUAGUAAAUCAGCCGGCUACCAGCCCGGCGUCCGUUUCGAGGAUAACCGCUUCAGGAACUCGUGGAACGCGGUAUACGUUGCUGGUGCCUGGAGAUUCGUGCAGUGCAACUGGGGAGCUAGACAUUUGGUGAAUGCGAAAGAUGCUCCCAAACCAGGAAAUAGAGGGAAGAGCGAUAGUUUAAGAUAUGAGUACGACGACCACUACUUCCUAACGGACCCGCGGGAGUUCAUCUACGAGUUCUAUCCUCUACAACCAGACUGGCAGCUGCUGAAAACACCCAUAACCCUCCACGACUUCGAGGAGCUACCGUUCGUGAGGUCGCUGUUCUUCCGAUAUGGACUUUACUUCAGUGAUCCUAACACAAAAGCUGUUAUGUUCACGGACUCAACAGGUGCGGCGACUAUGCGCAUAGCCAUGCCGGCACACAUGCAGAGUUCGCUCAUCUUCCACUACAACCUCAAGUUCUAUGACACUGAAGGCGACGGAUUUGACGGCGUCAGCCUCAAGCGAUUUGUAAUGCAGUCGGUGGUAGGCAACGUAGUUUCCUUCCGUGUCCACGCUCCUUGCAGUGGCGCCUUCUUGUUGGACAUCUUCGCCAACGCAGUGACGCCAAGGGAAUACCUUACUGGAGAACCCAUGAAGUUUAAGAGCGUUUGCAAAUUCAAGAUUUGCUGUGCGGAGCUGCAAACCGUCAUGGUACCGCUGCCCGAUUGUGCAAGCGGCGAGUGGGGUCCCACGAAAGCUACUAGGCUUUUUGGACUCGUUCCCAUUACUCAUCAGGAGGCGCUUGUAUUUGCGGGUCGCGAACUUGAGAUCCAGUUCCGCAUGUCACGGCCUCUAGCUGACUUCAUGGCGACGCUACACAAGAAUGGUGUGGAUGAAAAGCGUCUCUCAAAAUACGUGCAGCAAAAUGUUUCUGAUGACAUUGUGAACUUUUACAUCACCUUCCCUGAAGAAGGUCAGUACGGACUGGACAUAUACACUCGUGAACGCGGAGGUCCAACGGCUAUACACCAAAACGGCUCAACGGAAAAAGAAAAGCAUCUUCUUACCCAUUGCUGCAAGUAUCUAAUCAACAGCAGCAAGAGAAAUUAGAAUAACAAAGACUCAUCUACGUAAAGCUACGUAACUUUUUCAGUCAUGUCUCAUAUACGAAUACAUAAAAACACGACGAAAGUCAAAAUAAAAUGAGGUUCCGAGUAUAUCUUACCUCAAAUAAUACCUUUAAAAUUAUGGUUUAACUUUCGUUACGUGACUAUAAAAUAUACGUUAUCAAGCACUGUAUGGGAAGUACAUAAUCCGAAAAUAAAGAUUUCUGUGUGCAGGACUAAAGUUAUAAGGUCAUAUUUCUCACCAUAUUAUGAUCUGGCAGCACAGAUUUUGGAACCAUCGUAUAGGCUAAAAUAAGGUUAGGGUUAUUUUGUAUUAUUUAUAUCUGGCAACACCGACGUCAUUACUACAGCUAAUAAUGACCUCUGGUAUAGUGCGUUUUAUCACGCUAAUCUGGCAACACUGCCAUUUUUAACCACAUAUUUCUAACUUGUCCCAUAUUGACUCUUGCAUAAUAACUUUUUUUUACAAUAUUGCUUGAAGGUGGCGACACUGUUAAAUUUUAUUGGCUGGACUUAGGUACUGUUUCUUAAAGAUUACAAGAAAUGUGUUUAGAUAAAGUAGUGUAUGAAACUGCACAUAAUUAGGCAUGAAAGUGUAGCAGUUCUUAACUACGGCUCGGUAUUUAAACUGACUUUCGUGUUUUAUAACACUUAAUUUGCAAGUUUCAUUGACUACUGUGAAAAAUAAUUAAUGAUAUUGAAGCUUAAUAAUAAGUAAGAUUACGGCAAGAUUAUAGUUUUUAUAUUAAUAUAAGAAUUAUAUCCAAAUGUAGAUAUUAAUAGAAAAUAAAAACCGUC